GGGGCAGCAGCAAGGCAAGUUGGCAGCUUUGCUUUCUCGCUGCAUUGUGUCUGCUGCUAGAGAGUGUGAGUGGGGAGCAGCAUGGCAGAACAAGAAGCCAGUGGCUUGCAAGUCCUUCUCUCCACCCUCCAGAGCUCUGGUGACAAGGAUGUCAUCCUGAAUAUCCUCAGUGUCCUCACUGACUUGCUGUCUCUGGGCACUGGGCGGAGGAUUCAGUAUGUGAUCAGCAAGGGGGGCAGCGAGGCACUGCUGCAGGCUCUCACCACCACUGCCCGGACCGAACCGCUGGACCACAGCAUCCUUCUGCCCCUGCUGCGGCUGCUGGCCAGGGUUGGACAACGAGAUAGGAAGUUUGGGCUGAAAGCGCAGAAGGCAGAAGCAACUGAUACCAUACUGAGCUUGGCAAGAAGAAACCUGGGCCACCACCUGCACCUCACCCACUGCCUCUGGGUCCUGCGGGUUUGUGCUUCUAAUGUUACCACAGGAACUACACUUGGCAUCAACGGAGCCAUGGAGCUGCUUUUCAAAGUCAUCACCCCCUACAGCAAGAGACACAUCAGGACAGUCAGGGCAGCCAUUGAGGCUCUGGCAGCUUUGCUGAAAUCAAAGUCUAACAGCCGACGGGCAGUGAGCAGAGGCUACCUGGGUGGAUUGCUGAGGCUCUAUCAAGACUGGCAUCGCAAUGAUGUUUCCAACAACUACAUCUACAUUCGUAGGGGUCUCCUGCUCUGCCUGAAGCACAUCACCAACAUCCAGCUGGGCAGGGAGACUUUCCUUUGUUCCAAGGGGAUGGAGAUUCUCUUUACAAGUGUACAGGACUGUUUAUCUUGCAAAAACCUGGAUCCUAUCAUAAACACCGUGACUCAGAUUCUGAGGAAGUGCUACCCCAAAGAGCCUCUGCCUGUGGUGACAGUGAGAAGUUCCUAUUCCUUCCCUCUUCCCGGGAAUGCCAAGGUUGAACCCCCGUGUGAGGGAUCUGAAGGUAAGUGGCUGAAGGAGGAAGAGGCUGAAAAAGACCUGGAUAGUGAGGAAGAGGAGAGUAAGGAGGAAGAUUAUGACUUGGAGACAGAUGUGAACAAACUGAGGUCAAAGGCAGUUCUUGACCGACCAGAGGAAGAGCUUGGACAAUAUGAAGCAAUGUGUCCAGAACUUUCCCAUAAUUUUCAGGAGCUUGAAACAGAAUCUGAGGAAAAGAAGAGCUUGGAGGACAGAACUGAGAGCCUUCUCUCUGCUCCCUCUCAUUCCAUUCCAAAUGCUACUUCUGUGAAACAUCCAAACUACAGAUUGAGAAACCAAAGUGUCACAGAGAUGGGACCAGAUCCAGGGGAAAAGGAUUUCAAAGUCCCACUGCAGAGCUGGACAAAGAAGGAGAUACGCAGAUGGGAUCAGACUGAUGAAAAGAGAGACAUUGCAGAAACAGCUCAAGAUGCAGACUCUUGUGAAGAUCCAGACAGGAAUCAUGUGCUUAUUUUACGCCCCCUCCCAAAAGAUCCUGCUUGGUACAAAAAAACAUUUUACCCUGAAUGUGAGGCCUUGAUCAGUUCUAUUGCUGGAGGGAGCCUGGAUUGCUCAGACAUAGUGACAAACCUGCUGGAGAAACACCAAGGAGAUAUCCCAUUCCACAGCCCUCACUUUUACAUAGCAAGGGCCAAAUGUGUUAAGUCCAUACCAGGCUACAAAGACUUGGCAUUCCCUGAUUUCUGGGGUCACCAGCCACCUCCUUACAGCAAGCCCAUGUUGGAGCGCAAGUAUGGGGUUCAAAGGGACAAAGUACUAGAUGAUGUUCGCCGCUUAAUCCAGCCAGGUGAUGUGAUAGGCAGAACUGUUUUUGACUUAGAUGAGCCCAGUCACUCAAGCCCAGGUGCUCCAGACUGCCUGACAUUCUUCUCCAAGUUUGAAUCGGGAAACCUUCGCAAAGCCAUUCAAGUGCGUGAAUUUGAAUAUGACUUAAUUAUGAACGCGGAUGUGAACAGCAACCAGCAGCAUCAGUGGUUCUACUUUGAAGUCCGUGGCAUGAAAUUAGCAGUUCCCUAUCGCUUCAACAUUAUCAACUGUGAGAAGUUCAACAGCCAGUUUAAUUAUGGCAUGCAGCUGGUCAUGUAUUCAGUGAAGGAAGCUCUCCAGGGCAGACCUCGCUGGCUUCGGGCAGGCCAUGAUAUCUGCUACUACAAAAACCACUACCGCUGCAGUGCAGCUGCAAGACAAGGUGUGAAAGGGCAUUUCUACUAUACACUGGCCUUCAGCAUCAAGUUCCCUCAUAAAGAUGAUGUCUGCUACCUGGCCUACCAUUACCCCUAUACCUACUCCACAAUGAUGUCCCAUCUUGAUAUCCUGGAACGGAGCAGGAACCCCAAGAAGGUUUACUGGAGGCAGCAGACGCUCUGCCAGACGCUAGGAGGAAAUCUAUGCCCGUUGCUCACAAUCACUGCCAUGCCAGAAUCUAAAAAAAGAGACGACUUGGAGCAGUUCUGCAAUCGUCCUUAUGUGUUUCUGGUGGCCCGUGUUCACCCUGGUGAGAGCAAUGCCAGUUGGGUAAUGAAGGGGACCCUGGAGUUCCUUGUGAGCAAUGACCCCAUUGCUGAUCUCCUGCGGAAAUGCUUCAUUUUCAAGAUUGUCCCCAUGCUUAACCCUGAUGGAGUUAUCAAUGGCAACCACCGUUGUUCAUUGAGUGGGGAUGAUCUGAACAGGCAGUGGUUGGCACCCAAUUCCCAGCUUCAUCCAACAAUUUAUCAUGCCAAAGGUCUUCUUUAUUACCUACGCAGCAUUGGCCGGGCUCCUCUGGUAUUCUGUGACUACCAUGGGCACUCACAGAGAAAGAACGUGUUUCUUUAUGGCUGCAGCAUUAAGGAGACCUUGUGGCAAGCAGGCUGCACGGUUGACACAUCUGUGAUCACAGAAGAUGUUGGCUACAGGACUCUUCCUAAAAUCCUGGAUAAAGUGGCCCCUGCAUUUGUGAUGAACAGCUGCAGCUUCCUGGUGGAGAAGUCCCGGGAGUCAACAGCCCGGGUGGUGGUAUGGAAGGAAAUGGGUGUGUUGAGGAGCUACACCAUGGAGAGCACCUACUGCGGCUGCAGCCACGGUCUCUACAAAGGCCUGCAGCUGGGAACUCAAGAGCUGGAGGAGAUGGGAAGCAAGUUUUGCCUUGGUUUGCUCAUUCUGCACCUCAAAUCCCUGCCCUGCAGCAAGAAGGUGAUGACUCAGGCAGCACUCCUGCUAGACCUGGACGAGGAGAUAACAGACCGGACACAAAGAAGCUGCAGCAACAGCAGCCAAGAGAUUGAUGAUGAACCUCCUUGUGCGGAAGAAAUCGAUUAUAAUGCUGACAGCUGCUCUGAUGGUGAAGAGGACUUCUCAGAGCUAGACCAAGAGAUCCAGGAGUACCUCUCAUGGGUGGAAGGAAAGACAGAAGAUGAUGAAGUGACCAUGGGACAGACUUGCAGCUCCAAGGCUCUCAGGCAGCUCUAUGUUUCCAACCAACCAGCAACCAACAAUGCGGGUCUCCCUCUGCAUUCAGCAGCACUUGGGGUGUACAGUGGGUUUGAGAGCAGUCCUGUGUGAACAAGACUUUGACUUGCAGAGCAUUAAGCAAAUGGGUUACUGCUUGUGUUUGCCUGUUUGCCAGCUUCAGUGUUCCUCCAGUUCUGAAUAGAAAAUUGACUCUAUGUUUGUGUAACUUGUAUGCAUAUUUUGAGAAUAUACAUAUAUUGAGAAUGACUCCUUAUGGUUUGUAUACAAGGCAGAGUGAGGGGCCACUGGCCCCAGUGGUACUAUGUGAGAACACCAUUCAUUCCUAAAUAUAAUCCCCAGUUUCCCAGCUGCCUCUAGUGUGGGAUUUCAUAUAGAUUGACCUGAGGAAUGGUAUUCUGAGACUAAGGAAAAUAUUCUUGUUUUCCUAGUUUAGGCUUUGAUUAUAGGAAACAUCCUUUGCCUGGAAGAGAGAUAGUUACAACUGCCUUUAGCCAGAGGUCUCCAUUGCCAUGCAUUUCUCUUGAUGUAUAGAGCAUGUAUCUGAUUCUGUCUGAUCAGCAUUUUUGCAGUGUGUUCAGCAGGUUGAGCCAGGCUGUGCAUGCGUCUGAGCUGGUUCUGUCUAAGCAACAGUAGGAAAUCCAAUGUGCCACAGUAAGGAAAGCACCAGAAACAAUGCAGGGUGGUCCUCUGGAACUGUGGGCUAAAUUCUCUUCUUUGCUGCACUGGAAUAAACUAGUCCAGCAUAACCUCAGUUGAGUCACUUCAUGCUUGAACUGAUGGGCCCAAGUGUAGGAUUUAUUUCACAGAUGCUGUGAAAUUUUAUUUUCUCUGUGAGACAUCCUUCCAGCUAAAAGACUACAGAUAGAGCCGUUCAUCCUGGGGAACUGGAGCUACUAUUUAAAGCUAUUGGGAGGGAGAGGGAUUUGGUGCAUUUUAAGGAGGAGAACGUGCUCUUGAGGUAGCCAGAGGUCCUCCAAUAUUCUGUCAAUCGAUGAGUGACAGUGGCAAUAUCCAGAAGUGAAUUUAGACCACGAAUCAGUCCAGUGACUGAUUAUUAUUAUUUGUUAGUUUUAAUAUACGCCUAAAGAAACCUAGAUCAUGGAACAGGACCCUGUUGUACCGGACAGUAAUAUAGUGGAAGACAUUACAGGUAGGUUAUAUAUAGGACAUCUACACCAGCGACUUCCAUAAUGGAGUCAGAAGAGCUUCUCCUUUGAUCCACAAACACAAACAAAUAGAUUUCUCCUAAAAUUACCUGCAAACACAGAUCCUGAGUCCUGAGAAUCCAACACAGAAUAGAACCCAUGUGGAUGCCCAGCUUCCCUAAUGCAUGAAGCCCACGUCACUGCAUCUUAGCCCUCAUAGUGCCUGAACUUCUCAUGUGUCCCAGACUCUGCUGCUGCAAAUGGGGAAUUGCCCUGAACCCAAAUGGAACUCAUUGCACUAUGUAAGAGGCUCCCAGCUCUGUCACUACUUUAUGAGGCUCAAGGAAAAAGAUUAAAGAGUAGUGUGUUGUAGCAUUACAGCCUAUAAGACUUUCAUUACCAGUGAUUACUGCUAUUAAUAUUGAUGUGUGACUGAACGCACCAUGUCAUCCUCUCAUUUUUGUGCUGUUUGUGGAUAGAAUG